UCAUGCAGACAGAGACAAGACGAGCGUUUAAGGUUAAAAAGUAUAUAAAUUGUUGGUUUGUUUAGAAAAUUACUGAUCGUUUUGCUAAAAAAGACCCUUCUUCCUUGACUGGGAUCAAUUAGAGCCCUUUGAAGCUACAUGUAAACUCCAUUUUGGAAGUUCAGAGGUGGAAGUUCACCAUAGAAGUCCACCAUAUGGAGAUAAUUCCUGAAAUGUUUUCCUCAAGAAACAUAAUUUCUUUACGAUUGAACAAAGAAAGACAUGAACAUCUUGGAUGACAAGGGGAUGAUUUGCAUCCAGAGAUGUGAUUAACAAAAACAGAAAACCACAGCGGGAGGGAGGAAAUGCUACAUGCAAAAUUAUGUACCAUCUAUAUUUCAUGAAAUGACCCAACUACUUGGAAAGACUCAACACCUCUUCACCAGCUGUUUAGAUGUUAUUGAGGAACCUUGAGAUCCUGUCUGGGAUGAAGUGGAAUAUCUGUGGCCUUGUGCUCAUUUUAUCUGCCCUCUCCUGCAUGUUUGCUGAAAAUAAUAAUAAAAUGUCAUGUGUCAGGAAACAGAGCAACCAACCAUGUUCUAUUCCUGGCAGGACUUCAGACUGUAAAAAUAAUGAAGACGUGGAUAUGUUUAUACUGGGUGCCGAUUGUUUUAUGGGGUACUUGAAAACAGGUAAAUGCAAUAAUAAUAAUAAUAAGACAUGGAGCGAACCACAGUGCCCUUCUGCUACUCUGUGUCAAUCAGUACAGUCACAAUUCGACUUGACUGUUUUUUCAUUUGAAGGCAAUAGAACCUGUACAGUCAACAACACAUGUACAAAGAGCAGUGACUAUGGUGUGAAUUUAUCAGGAGACAUACAGACUCAAACAUACAGACUCAGCAUAAGUAGAUUUGUCAUACCCAAAUUUGUCUGUGUAAUUAAAGGGAGAUGCAGAAAUAACACUUUGACAGACUGGAUAAAUAAAGAUUGUUACUGGACCAACAACGUCACUCAUCAUUUUAAGAAUACUAAUUGCAGUAUGACCUGCCUGAAUCCCACAAAGACGUGUCAGAAUGCCGAAUACGAUUACAGCUGUAGCGAUGAUAAUGCAGAUGAUGAAAGUAAAAUGAACAACAUUGAGAUCCAUAAUGAAAUUGCAACUUGUUACAAGUGUGGAAGUGCUUUUCAAAAUGUGAAAGCCAUCACCUUACCUAAAGAAAUGUCAAGUCAAUUUAAUACUAAUGAAACAGAGACAGAUGCUGGGGCAGCGGCUGAGACCAUGAAAAGUCUCUCCAGCCUGCUGUCUUUUAUGGAGAAUAAGACCGUUGCCUCUGUAUCCAUGGGUAACGUCAAAGGAAUUUUAAAGAAAAUUCAAAAUGACUCCAAAAUCACAACAUCCUACUUCAUCUACUCUUCAAGUACUGGCAUCAGAGUUUUAGAGGAUGUGGACGAAAUAGAUAAGUAUCCAAAUGCUUUCAGUAUUCCAGAGGAAGCUGCUAAGAAAGCGCUCAACCAAAGCGCAAGAAGUGCUUUUUUGGGCGUGUUCCGCUUUCCCAACAUGACAAAGGACGCAGAGAACAGUACGGUUUUGAAUGAUGAAGUUUAUGCCAUCGAAAUGGGGGGAAAAAUUUCAAAUCUGAGCAACGGCAUCAGCUUGACCUUCAAAAAAGAUCAGCAGGCAACGGGAACUCCUGUUUGUAAAUCAUGGAAUGGAAAUGGAAAUCAGCCAAACUGGACAACCGAAGGGUGUAGUACUUUUAAUGAUGGAAAAGGCAAGAUAAAAUGUAACUGCACACAUUUGACUUUCUUCGCUGUGCUUAUGAUCCCUCCAAAUGUAACCAUUUCUCAAAAUGACUUCACCGCUCUCACCUACAUCACCUACAUCGGCUGUGGCCUCUCCAUGUUUUUUCUUUCCAUCGGGCUCUUCAUGCACUUUCUCAUGAGGAAAGUAAAGGUCACUGAAUCAAUGCACAUCCUGAUUAAUCUCUUCGUGGCGCUAUUCCUGCUCAACGUGGCCUUCCUGUCCAAUGAGUAUGUAGCGCGUACAAAGGAAGUCAUCGCCUGCAGGGUCAUGGCUGGAGUCAUGCACUACUUCUUGCUGGCCAGUUUUACCUGGUUUGCUGUGGAGGCUUUUCACCUCUGCCUGCAAAUGGCCAAACACGCAAUCACCAUCAAACAUUACCUGAUCAAGAUCUCUGUGGUUGGCUGGGCUCCUCCUGCUAUUGUUGUCAGUGUCAUUUACGUCUUGAAAAAAUAUGGUGAGCAGACCAUAACAAUGGAGACAAGCAAUGUAACUAUGUGCUGGAUUGUAGACUCCGAAGUCCACUACUUUGUGAACAUCGGUUAUUACUGCUUCACCUUCAUCUUCACCUUCAUCACCUUCAUCGUGGUGAUGCGAUGGCUCUCCAUGCUGAAGAUGAGCAGGUUGAGCAUGCUUGGAAAGGUGAAGCGCUCUGGAAUCGCCACCUCAGACAUCACCAGCAUCCUGGGCCUCUGCUGUAUGCUGGGACUCACCUGGAGUUUCGCGUUCUUCAGCUACGGAGCUCUGCGUCUACCCUCAUACUACAUAUUCACCAUCCUGAACUCCUUGCAAGGAUUCUUCUUGUUCAUAUAUUACUUGAAAACAAGCAGACUCAUAGGAGACUCGGCGCCUUCAGACACGAGUGACACGACUGAAGACGUCACUACAGAAAAUCCAUACGAAGAUUUACCUUCAGACGACAACAAAAAAGCCAUCUGACUGUCAUCUCUAUAUCUGUGCAUUUGAAAUGUCAUAUCUGUCUAUUAAUUAUUAUUGAUAUUUUACGUUUAUUUGUAGUAUUAUAGUGAGUCAAUCCACUGCAAAUUCUGUCCUGUAACAUAUGUAACUCUUUCUGAACUCUUCAGAAUUUAAGAAUUUAUGCUUCUUUAGUUUCUAAGUUUGAAUUGAAUUGCCCCACAGGAAGUUGAAUUGACAGGAUGAGACAGAAGGAUUCUCAAAUCAAUUCAUUUCUGAAUGUAUAAUACUAUAUUUUUUUGUUUACUAUAUUUUUCAUUACUGUGUGUUUCUUAAAAGACACUUACAUAACUGAAUAGUAUCUGAAUUUCAUAAUGCAAUGCUACUGAUGUAUUUGCUCUUACACUGUAUAUUAUUUUAUGCAUAUAUAUGUAUUUUUCAGCACAAAAUAAUAAUGAUUACUGCACUUGUACUAAGAUAGAAAGGUUGCUAAAAGUUCAUAAUUAUUUUAUAAUUUUUAAUCAGCUCAUAUAUCUAAACAAUGAGUUUGUAUAUUUUCUGUCUUUCACUGAUAGGAGUAAUUUCUGUACAGCUCCACAAGUUUAACUUUCUGUUGUGCUUCCAUGACCAGUCAUAAACUCGGAAUAAAAUAACUAUAUGAUCUCUUAGUUUUUAUUACACAUAUGAACUUAUGAAACUAUGUAAUACACGAUUUUUUUUUUUUUACAAAGAUUUUGUGACCUUAUGAAAACCACAGCCUAGCCUAGCUUGAUGUUAUGCAAGAAAUUUAAAACAUUUUUAAAU